AUGGUAGCGGAGCACCUGACCGGUGCGAUGAUGCUACCUGGGCCAUGCAGGCUGCUCCUUGGGCUGCUGAUGGCGCUGCAGCUCUUGGUGGAUGUCAACGUGGAGCACUACACAAAGAAGGGUUCUUGCCAAUGUUCCCAGCAAGCUCACCCCGGCGAAAAGAUGAAGUGUGUAGGCUCUGGGAACAGCAAUUCGAGUUCCCAGUGCGCAGGUGUGGCAGGCAACUGUACUGCCCAUGGAUGUUGGCUUGGUGAUGUAGAUGGUCAACUAUGGGGUGAAGAUCUAUGUCCGGUGGUUCAAGGCCAUUGGGGAAAACUACAGUAUGGACUUUGUGUAGAUGGCGCCCUCAGUGCAUGUGAUCGCUUGGUUUGUGGCGAUGCUGGUGACUAUAGAUAUCUUAAGGAGAUGUCAGAUGGUGCUCCAGUGGUGUGGAAAAUGUUGGAUGAGCCUGCAGACCUAGGUGGAUGCCGACAGAACAAGCUGGCUGAGAUGAACAGCUUGGACUAUGAGACGGAGUUGAAUGCGACCCAGGUGAUGGAGUAUGAGUCCAAUGGUGGCGGCGCUUUGGCAACUAUGAACAGGUGCUUUUUGUACAUCCUGGACUUUGUGGACAGCGACUAUGAGCAGUUGCUUCUCUAUUUGGAGGACUUUGACUUCGUGAUGGAGGUUGAGAUAGCGGUUCGAAACCUUUUCAGCUUCAUGAGGCACGUGAUGGAACUCAUGAGCGUGGAGAGAGCUUGGAUGUGUUGGCUCAUUACCAUGAUGAGUCUUUUGGUGGGAAGCCACUUGGGCCUGAGCAGAUGGUUCGAAGAUGGUAUGGUUGGAACAUCAAGGAGCUCUACAUCCAGUUUGACAAGAACAACAAGAAACCGAAUGCGUGUGAGAAGAGCGCAGUGGAAGAUGCAGCUUAAGGCGAUGUUGUUUGCAAGCUGGAUUCCUGGUUGUCAGGGUAUGGAAGGAGCAACAACAGGAGAGAGUGCUUUUCUUCAGCAAAUGUCCAACCUAGCAACAGCAGCGACUAGCGCAGCAAAUGCAGCAGAGAAGGCAAUUGGUCUUUUGAGUCAAAGUGCGGCUUCAAGUUCAUCUGGAGAUCAAGGUGGCUUGCAGGCUGCUUCAAGAAUCUUGAAAUGUCCUGAUGCCUACAAUGGAGAAGACCCGAUGGCAUUUUCAAGUUGGAAAUUUACUUUUUGCAGCUGGUUGAGUUUUGGUGAUCCUCGUUUUCAACGCUAUUUCGACAGGAUUGACAAGUCGGGAGCCUCAGAGGAUUUGCCAGAAUAUGCAGCAGUGGAUCAAGAACUCAGCGUGAAAUUGUUUGCAAUCCUGACCAGCUACUUGAAGGGAAGAUGCACUAGCCUGGUCAAGUCCAUGGCGCGCAGCAAAGAUGGUUUCAGGUUGUGGCGAGCUCUACAACAAGAGUAUGAGCCUUCAAGCAGACAGAGGAGUCUUGCAAUUGCCCAAACACUUUCAAAUUUUCCUGCCUUUUCUGGAUCAAAGACUCUCCAUGAGCAUAUCCUUGCGUAUGAGCAGUUGGUGGCGCAAUUUGAAGAAGUCAGUUCGAGCAGUUACCCCUCUGAGCUCAAGAUCGCUACCCUGGUGAGGUGCAGCAACCAAAAGCUGCGUGAACAUCUUCAGCUCACAAUAGGGGAACAGACCACCUAUGCUCAGCUCAAGGAAACUAUGUUGGGAUACGACAAAGCUUGUCGAAGUUGGACCCCAGAGACCAUCCUCAAAUCCAUUCAGCAGCAGAAUACUCCUUCUGGUGAUCAAGGAGAAUAUGGACAAGCACAACAAACUGUCUAUGUGGCUGCUGGAGGACAAGGUGGACAAGUUGGUGGGCAACAGCAACAAGCCCGUGGUUCACCUGCAAGCAGCUAUCCUCCUUCUUCGACUGCGGCUUCAACAGUGCGCAGAAUCUAUACCAUUCCUUUUGGCAUUCCUUCUUUGUCCAGUUCUUCCUCUUCCUCAGUUCGAAUGGUCAGCGCUGGCGAUGAUGGCAUGCAAGAUGUGGUGAUCCUGGAUAGCGGCUCAGAUGUUUCUUUGCUUCCGUUGGCAUUUGGUAAUGUUGGAGAAGAAAGUCUAGAUCAUGAUUCAGUUCAGCUACGUGAUUGUCAAGGUGAAAAGUUGGAAGUCACUGGCUACAGAACAGUGUCUUUGGUGGUGACUGAUUCUGAUGGAGGUGAAGCUGAACUUCAACACCCUUUUCUCAUUGCCAACGUGCAAAGUUGCAUUCUUUCUUUGGGUCAACUUUAUCAAGGAGGCUGGAGUGUGCAACAAAACUCUGGAGGACCAUGUUUGGAAAGUCCAGAUCAAACGCUGCGAGUUCCAGUGUUUUACAAGCGCAACAGUUUGGCAAUCAAAGCUAGUGUUUGCAGAGUUGAGUGCAUGGAAGACGGAGAUGCCAUGUCCCCUCAUGCCUAUGUUCGGGCUAUUGUUGAGUUGGAGGAGAAGUUUCGACCAGAGGAUGUGCGCAACAAUCACUGGCAGGUGGCAGAUGGAAAUCCUUUCAUGCGUUCAGUUGGUCGCAACUUCAUAGAUCCUCGACCAGUAUGGGCUGGCAAUUUUGGCUUCAGAACCACUUUGGUUCAAAGACGUUCCACAGCUGCAGAAGACCAUGGAUGGUUUGUUGUGGAGGUCAGUCAAAGAUAUCUGGAGCUAGAAGAUCCUUUUGGACCUAUUCCUGGUUUGGAAAGCUAUUCUCCCGAUGAGGAUGUGAUUGUGCUAACGAUCCUUGCUGAACGCGAUGAGUGCCUUGCUCAUUUUGGUGGCUUGUUGGAUUGGAUGCAGGUGGAAUGGAGCCUGAAGAACCUUACGAACCUGAGUCGCCAUACAGAGGAAUUGGCCCCAGCCUUGAGAGCAGACGCAGAGAGCGAUGUGAUCCUGGUCAAUGAUGUCGAGAUCACUCCCAAUAGCUCAGUCGAGUUUCAGGAUGCUCCUGCACAGCCCACAGUUCAAGAGAGGAAGUUGCAUGAAGUGACACAUGUUCCCUUCAAACCUUGGUGUGCUGCAUGCGUUCAGUCAAAGAGCCGGCCCAAUCAUCAACGUCCCACACCACCUGAUGAGAUGUCUCAGAGGACCUAUCCGACGAUUCAAUGUGAUUUCUAUGUGGUCUCUGGCAAUUUGAAUGUUCUCAUCAUGGUGGACGUUUGGACAAAAUAUGUCGGUGUGGAACCACUGAGGAACAAACUUCAAUCAGUGGUUGGUGCGGCUGUUGCCAAGUUUCUGGGUGAACUUGGUUACUAUGACAAGGUGGAGCUUGCAUUUGACAAUGAACCAGUUCUGGCAGCGGGCAUGCGUGUGGCACAAAAUAUCAGGGCUGCACAAGGAUUGGUCACUGUGUUGCAGCCAGGCCAGAUGUAUGGCAAGGCCAGGACUGCACUGGCCGAGCGGAGUAUCCAAACAGUGCGUGCACAAGGAAAAUGUUUGAUGACGUUCCUGGAGGAGAAAAUGCGUGUGUGCUUUCCACCAGACCAUGUGUUGAGAGGUUGGUCAGUUCUGCAUGGAGCUUGGUUACUCAAUCGAUAUCAUGUUUCCUCUUCAACAGGUACCACAGCUUUCAUGGCUCUACGUGGUAGGCCGUACAGAGGCAGAAUAUGCGCUUUUGGAGAAGAAGUAUAUGCACUUGAUCCACUUCAGGCCAAAUAUGCCGCACAAUGGCGACGCGGCAUAUGGUUGUCAAAGGAUUCUGCAGACAUGGAUUUGGUGGCCGUUUCUCCAACUGAGAUCAUCAGGAGUCGAGCUGUGAGAAAGGUGUCAGAGCAUUGGAACAGUGAACUUGCUGUGGCAUUAGAAGUAGGUCCAUGGGACAUGAGGAGAGGCAUCAACGCAGAGGUGAAGGUGGCCAAACCAGCAGAAGUUCCACUUCCUUUGCUUCAUCCUCCCAUUGGAGGUGUCGAGCCUGAGAUUGAGGAUGAGGAUGCCAAGGCGGUCAGAGAAUAUGCUCGAGAUCAUCCUCAAGAAGAUGUGGAUGAGGGUGAAGUUGAGGUGCAACCUUUAGACUUUGAGGAAGGCGGGGCUUCUGUGAUGGUUUCAGAUGAAGUUCAAAGUGAUCAGAAGAUGGAUGCUGAGCAAGAAGCGCGUGAGAAAAGAGCACCAGGUGAUUUGCGCUUACCUGUGCCAGUGCGACGAAGUAGAAGCCUCAAAACGUGGACUCUUUACAGCCCAGUGUAUGCAGGCAACAUGGCAGACAGCCCUGGGACUGCAUCAUCUUCAAGGCAUGUGAGAAGAGUGAUUGAAGAGUUGGAGAUGGUUGAUGAUGAUGAGAUGGACUAUGCUGUCCCAGAUGAGGCUUGGGACUGGGAGGUUUGCGAUUCAGUUGAUGGUGGUGUUGGUAAGAUGGCUUCAAUUUCAGCGGAAGAGAUGGCUAGACGUGGUUUUCACAAUGAGGGAGCAGGUCCCCCUGAGGUGACCCAAGAAGAAUUGGAUUGGCUAGAUCAAGAAGCUAUGAAGAUGGAGCUCAAGCGAUUGAAGGAGCUGCAUGUGAUUGACAAUGUCAGUGAUGAUGUGGUGGUUGAGAAUUGUGUACGUUUAGACACACGUCUUGUACGAGACUGGCGCUAUCGUGAAGGCCAAUGGCGCAGACGCGCUCGUUUGGUCGCCAGGGGAUUUCGUGACGGUGAUUGCAGUCACAUUGACACUUUUUCUCCAACCACUCCACUGCCCAUUGUCAAGCUCCUCAUCAUCCUUAGCAUGCUCUAUGACCUUGCCAUCUGUUCUUUGGAUGUCGGAGACGCCUUCCUACAGGUCAACGUGCAGCAGCUUCUGAGUGGAAUCAAUUCUUUGUGGAAGUAUGUGCACGACAUGGAUUCGACAAUUUCCAAGGAGUUCAUUUUGGGUUUUCAUGGUGAAUUGUCGAAGGAGUUGAAACUCAAAAUUGAAGGACCACUUCAAUGCGGUGACGAAGGCAGCAUCUAUUACCUGAAGAGAGAACUCCAGUUCACCGAGCACGGCAUCUAUGUGGCCCCCAGCUCACGCUACAUACCAAGGUUGUUGGAGAUCUUGAAAAUCAAAGACCGCAGAGGUCGUACCGUUCCACAUCAUGGUUGCUUGGAGAUUUUUGAUGCAGCAUCCAUCGCAGAUGAUGAAUUUCUCAAUGGCGAUGAGGCGAAGGUUUUUCGAUCUGCACUGGGGAUAUGUAUCUACUUGAGUCAAGAACGUUGCGACAUACAACACCCAGUUCGAAUUCUUGCCUCAUACAUGGCACGUCCCACAAAGACGGCAAUGAGUGCUGUGAAGAAGCUUGGAAGUUAUUUGAUGUGGACGAAAGAGAUGAAGCUUUACUAUGGCAAAGCUGAGCUGUACCAGUCUGUGAUGCAACGAUGGUUUGGAGGUCAACAGCGACUUGAGUCGAAACCAUUCAUGCUGGAGUUGUUCAGUGACAGCGACUGGGCAACAUGCAAAACCAGCCGACGCAGCACAAGUUCAGGGCUGAUCUUUUUGAACUCUUGUUUGAUCCACAGCCAUUCCAGAGCACAAAAUUCAGUAUCUUUGAGUUCCAUGGAAGCUGAGAUCCUUGCUGCGACAGGACUAUUGGUGGAAGGAAUCUACAUCAAGCAGGUCUUGCAGUUCCUGGUGGAUGACAAUGGUGGCCUUGGAAGUCAAAACAAGGUGAUGAUGCGCUUGAGGCUUGACUCAACAAGCGCACAGGCCUUUUUCUCUAGGCUUGGGCCGGGGAAGGCCAAACACUUGGCCACACGUCUCCUUUGGACGCAGCAGGCAUUGAGACGCAGCUGGUUUUGUGUGGACAGGAUUGCAACAAGAGAGAAUCCUGCAGAUUUGAACACAAAGGCUUUGUCAAAAGAACGCCGAACGUUUCUGAUGAGACGAAUUGGUUUGGAGUGUGAUGUCUUUGAGGAUGAAGAUGAAGUUCUUCCUGGACAGAGCCGCAAGAAGCAAUUGGUCAAGCUCUUGGUGAAUAUGGUCAUGGCGAGCAAUUUGCAAGGGUGCUCUACAACUUUGAACAGCACUACUCGUUCUUUGGUUGAUGGAUGGAGCACUGCAUCAUGGGCUUGGACUUUUGCAAUGAUGGUGAUCAUUCUUUUGGUCAUCGUGGUCUUGCGUUUGGUCUACAAAAUGACGCUUUUGAUGGAAGAGCUGAAGAAGUACAAAGAGGUCUGGAAAACCAUUCGAGGCGUGGCCAAUUUGACCAACAAUGAAGAUCCUUUUUGUGCUGAAGGAGAUGUAGAACUUGGAGAAGGACCAGAAGAAGAAUCACCUGAAGUGGAUGCAGAAGAUACAGCUUCAGAGCAAGCUGAGCCUGGCAUCAAUGGUGCUAUGGUGGAAAACGACAAUGAUGCGAUGUCUGAGGUGGAUGGCGAGUUUGAAUCACUUCGCAGACGACCACUACGACAUGAAGCCGAUCAUGGUUCAGCAAAUGGUGGAGAUUUUCUUCAUCCUGGAGCAGAUCAUGAUGAAGGUGAUGAAAAUGUAGAAGAAAAAAGUUUUGCAGAAGAGGAUGAAAGUCCAAGAGCCAGGUAUGAUCGGUACCGCCAAUCAACCAUGGAAGAAGUUAGCGACCCUGAUGAGUGGACCAAUAUUCAUUACGGUUUUGCACCUGAUGAUUCUGAUGCAGAUGCAGCUGGUUCAGGAGAAUUGCCUAUUUCACGAUCCCGAUCCAGAGAGCGUCUAGAAGGACAAGUACCAGAGCCCAAAACGAUGCCAAAGCCUUUGGCCAAAAGUGUUGCGAGAAGAGUGGCAAUGGACAAGGCGAUGGAGAUGUUGGAAGAGAAAGAUUUCAGUGGUGGUGCAACAUCAACUACAUCAGCACCAUCUGCAGGUGUUUUGACAGAGACCAACUAUUUUCUGUCAAGUGUUCCUAUGGCGAGCUUUUUCAACAUUUCUCCAGUUCCACGAGAAGCACUUGCGCUGGACGACUAUCGAUGGGACCUUCUUAUGCAAGGUGUCGGUCCUGAAGAUUUGGUGGUGCACAAUUGCAGGCGUUUGUCCAAUGAGAUUGACGAGGAGCCUAACCACAUGAGGCAGUAUGGUAUGCGAAGGCUCUUGCGCAAUUUGCAAAAUUUGCUGGUGCUUUUUCAAAGUGGACGUCCUGAGCGUUGGAUGGAGGCAGCCGAUCGUGUGAUGGAUCGGUGCAACCAUGAUGGAGCUAUGGAUUUCUUUGAUUUGGCCGAGACCGAAGCUGGCAGUCCGCGCAGUAAUCAUGAAGGAGAGCAUGGAGAAGAAGAGACUUUGAGUGAUGAUCCAUCACAACCAGGAGAUCGAGACGAUCUAGGUGACUACGAUGGCAGCAGUGGUGAUCAUCGUGGAAGAGUUGCUGAGCGUGCUGCAGCUGCUGCUGGUCUCCGAUCUUCGAGCGCUGUGUGA